AUGGUGUCCCGCCAGCCCAGUUGCACUGGAUCUGACUCUGGAUCCGAGUCUGAGAGUCUGGAUUCCAAGUCUGGAUCUCCAGAGAAGCAUGAUGGUUCCACACGGCGGAGGAUGGCAGCCAACGCCCGUGAGAGGAAGAGGAUGCAGGGGCUGAACACAGCCUUUGACCGUCUCCGUAAAGUGGUCCCCCAGUGGGGCCAGGAUAAGCAACUGUCCAAGUACGAGACUCUGCAGAUGGCCCUCAGCUACAUCAUGGCCCUCAGCCGGAUCCUGACGGACGCCCAGAAGCGCAAAGCCCCCCACAGACAGUGGCUGGACCUGCAGUUUGACUGUGUGCAGCCAGAGAACUAUCAGUGCUUCAGUACUAUCAGCUACAGCUCUCCAGAUGAACACGAGUACAUGCAUUCGUCCUUUCCCUACCAGUACGACGGCCUCCAAGUUCCUACAUAG